AUGUUUGAACAAGUCAUUCACUCAAAUAAAUACAAUGAAUUGAGAAGUAUAUAUAAAUAUUAUAUCGAUUUAUAUAUUUCGUUGUAUCAGCUGAAAACGGGAAAUGAAGAAGAAUUAAAGUCGAUUUACAAAAUGAUCAAAACAGAAUUGAUUGAUUCAAAUGGAUAUUCACCGCAAAUGAUUAUGAAAGACAUUUUAAAUAUUAUUCCGUAUAAUAAUCGCUAUACAAAGUCAUACUUGUUUCUUACAAAAUUAAUAUCUGAUGAUUAUCAUGUCAAAUAUGUACCAAAUAUUCCAACUAUUUCUAACAACAUGUUUUAUAAAGAAUAUGGAAUCAUAUUAGAUAAAUAUUUCAAACCGAGGAAAAGAGAAGAAAUACAAGAUAUUCAUGAAGAAAAUACAAUUUACAAAGCAAUUAUGCAUGAUGACAUCGAAAUAUUCAUUUCCUUCACCGAAAGAGAAGGAUUUGAUAAAGAUCGAAAACUGGGAAGCAAUGCAUAUCCAAAUGAUUAUCAAUGGUAUUCAUUACUUGAAUUAUGUUGUUACUAUGGAUCAGUUCGUUGUUUCAAGUUUUUAAGAACAAAAUUUAACUCAGAAAUAUCUUAUACAUGUCUAAAUUUUUCUUUUUUAGGCGGAAAUCCAGAGAUCAUGAGUGAAUGUUUGAAACAUCAAACACCAAAUGUAUAUUGCAUGGAAUAUGCAAUAAUUUCACACAAUAUUGAUUUUGUUACAUUCUUGAUGAAUGAAUACAAUGUUCAAAUUGAUUUAGAAUGUUGUGGAAUAUAUCACAAUCUUGAAUCAUUUUUAGUUUAUUUCGAUCAAACUAACAAUAUUAACAAAUCCUUUAUUUAUUCAACAAUGUUUGAUAUUCCAUCCCUUUGGGAAUACUUUAUUUUGCAUGGUGCAAAUAUCAACGAAAAAUAUGUAAAUGGAGAUUCAAUUCUUCAUAAAGCAGCGUGGAGAAAUAAUAAAAAAUUGAUUGAACUUCUUAUUUCACAUGGCGUAAACAUCAAUGCAAAAGGUGAAAAAGGACGAACUGCUCUACAUAUUGCAGUAAAUAAUAAUAAAAAAGAGAUCGUUGAACUACUUCUUUUGAAUGGGGCAAAUAUAAACGAAAAAUGUGAAAAUUUAAGAACUGCCUUACAUAUUGCGGUAUUAAAAAAUUUUAAAGAAAUAGCUGAACUUCUUCUUUCGCAUGGUGCAAAUAUUAAUGAAAAAAGUAAAUACAGAAACACAGCUCUUCAUUACGCAUCAGAGUAUAAUAGUAAAAAAUUAGUUGAACUUCUUCUUUCACAUGGGGCACAUAUUAAUGAAAAAGAUGAUAGUGGAAGAACCGCUCUUCAUAUUGCAGUAUUGGAUAAUAGUAAACAAACAGUUGAACUUCUUCUUUCACAUGGUGCACAUAUCAAUGAAAAAGAUGAUAGGGGAAGAACUGCUCUUCGUUAUGCAGCAGAAAAAAAUAAUAAAGAAAUCAUUGAAUUGUUUCUUUCAUAUGGUGCAAAUAUUAACGAAACAGAUGGAGAUGGAAGUGCUGCUCAAUUAUUAUGA